ACAAAGGCAGGAGUGAUUGUUGGACUCCUCCUCCUCCUCCUCCUCCUCCUCCUCCUCAUCCUCCUCAUCAUCAUCAUCAUCACCACCACCACCAUCUUCCGUCUCUCUCUCUGCAUAACCUUCCGCGUCCUCUGCGUAGACAAUUUCGUGAAGAAUGGUCAACUGCAGACCUUUGUAGAGAACCUGCAACCUCCGGAGUCGGUGACCAAGCAGCAAUCAGAGGGCGCCGCCUUCGGAACUUCAUUCCUGUCCCGCCACCCGGGGGCGCCCUACACCGUCGUAACUGACAGAGCUAAAAGACUGACAGGCACCGCUACUGUCAGCGUUCGGAUUUUGGACGAGAAUGACUGUGUGCCCGAAUUCACCCAAUCUCUUUACUCCUUCUCCGUGGACGAGAACGUGCCGGAGUUUAGUAAGCACUCCUCUGUCAAAAAACUCAGCGAACCAGUCGCAGGUCACCCCAUUGGUACAAUUAGGGCAGUGGAUCGGGAUCUAAAUUCACGUCUCACCUAUCAACUGCAAAGCAAUCCUCUUGAUGCCUUUGCCCUGGACGCCCAGACGGGUGUACUCUCCGUGGUCAUUCUCGAUGUCAAUGACUGUCCACCAGUCUUUGAGCGUUCCAACUACGAGUUCUACGUACAAGAGAACGAGCGGCCUUCACCCAACCAACCCGUUGGUCGUGUACUAGCCCGAGAUGCCGAUGCCGGUUUCAAUGGACGCAUCCUUUACCGGCUGGACGCG